GCUUAUCCUCCAGCACCUCAAAAGGUCGCCAUAUCUCAACUGCAGAACACUAACAAGAAGCUAUGCAUUCUCUCGGUUCCCUCAGCGUCCAACUGGAUCGGGUCGGCAACGUGCCCAACGACCGUUAGGAAGAAAGUCUCCCGAACCUGGUCCUGCAGAAAGCACAUUCGAAUCUACAGAGUCUCUAAACGAGUCCGAACUGUGGAGAGCAGCACAGCGACCACCAUCUAGUGACCCUCAAGAAAGCCUGUUGACACUGCUGAACCCUCGCAACGAGACUCUGAUUGUCGAGCGCCAGCUGGAGAUGUUGAAUAUCUUUAUUGGGUUCGAGCAGACCAACAAAUACUCAAUCAGUCCGUGCGCUAUCGGCUCUACCACUUACAGAAUCGGAAGUUUACCCCAAUCACAGGCGACGAGACAGGUCAACCACUGGGAUUCAUUUUGGAAGAGCCAAGGGGAUUUUUGGCAAUGAUGACUCGACAGGCGUUUGCUACUCAUCGACCGUUCAAAGCCCUUAUCAUGGAUACUCAUGGUACUCCUCUUCUAUGGGCGGGUACUCACCCCUUUCUUCAGUUCAUUCUGACGGCUUACAGUAGUACUUCUCUAGCUUCGUCGUCCUUUCGCCUGGAUCAACUCGAGGAUGUAUGUUCAACGGCUGGACAACUACGACCACUACACCUCAAACGAAGAGCCCGUCCUUGAUACCUUUGCAGAGGUUCAACAAAUAUGGCAUCCCUGGAGAAGACAGUACGACCUUUUCUUGAGGCAAGUCCGUGUCCUUCAUUCUCCAUUCGACUUCCAAUCACAAGUGCACUCUAGAGAAAACCCUAAACGUAUUCUCUCACUAGCAUCGGAUCCACAGCCUGAACCCGAGCCGUCUGGUCAAGUUUUUCAACAAUUCGCCAAAGUGGAUUCUGGAUUCCUUGCGUGGCGCUUCCCCAUCCUAGAUGCACAUGGACAGGAAAUGGCUGUGAUAGACCGUGCAUUCAGAGGUUUUGGAAGAGAGAUUUUCACAGAUACAGGUCGCUAUCUCGUUCAAUUUGGCGCCGGGGAUCAGCCGAUUGAGUGGGACAACCAGCAAAUUCUCCUGCCCAGGAGGGCACGGUCGAACCUGACCCUCGACCAACGUGCGCUUUGUCUUGCAUUGGCCGUGAACAUUGACUUUGACUACUUCUCGCGUCAUUCGCGGAUAGGAGGGGGUGGCUUCUUCCACAUCGGAGGGUCUAUAGAUUAG